AUGUUCGGGACCCUGUCUCGUCAACGCCAACUUUAUAAACAGAUUGCGAGGCAGUUACUCACGACUAUGCCUCGCACUGCAGAAGACUACACUUUCUUCUGGUCCACCAACCAUGUCAACGGGUGGGCGUCUCAAUGGUAUAAGGCGCCGUUUCUUGCGACGGUUAAGAUGGGCGAUGUCCAGCAAGAAAUCCGCUUCCUUUCGAAUGAACACUGGAUGAUGUUUCAAAAGGCCCUGUUAUUCAAUGAUUUGGAGAUCGCAAAGGAGGUCCUUUCAGUCGAGGGUACCACAAAACCCGAUAUGGCGUAUGUCAAGUCACUUGGUCGCCGAGUCAGUGGCUUCAAAGAGGACGUGUGGGUCAAACACAGGGAGCAGAUUGUAACGGAGGGGACUUGCCACAAGUUCCGACAAAACGAAGAGUUGAAGAUGAAGCUUUUCGCAACUGGCAACACCAUCCUUGUCGAGGCAAGCCCGAGCGACUCGAUUUGGGGGAUUGGACAAAGCGAAGCAAAUGCCCUUUCAAGCAAUAAGAAGUGGGGUUUAAACCUGCUUGGCAAGGCACUUGUUGUGGCGAGGGAGACAUUGAGGGAGGAGGAUCUGGUUAAAUCGAAGCGUGAUGAGAGCCGAAAGUGA